AUUUGGCCCCUUUCAGACCUUCACGAUACCUAGGUGUAGGUUCCUCUAUUUAUUCUCGUCCAAAAAGUCCGGAUGUUUCUUUCUUCAUGUUUUCAGUAUUUUUAACCUUUUCUAUCUUUCAGCAUGCUUGUCGUAGCAACAUCUGGUGCUGGUUUUGUUCUUGGGAGUGGCCAUGUCAUAGAUCUUGCUGCGCUUUGUUGUACCUGUGCUGGUACAAUGAUGGUUGCAGCAUCUGCUAGCUCUCUAAAUCAGGUGUUUGAGGUACAAAAUGAUGCUAGAAUGAAACGCACAAGGCAGAGACCACUACCUUCAGGACGUAUUAGUGUUCCUCAUGCAGUAACACGGGCCACUACCAUUGGGAUUGCUGGGACAUCUUUGUUAGCUUGGAAGGCUAAUUACUUGGCAGCGGGUCUUGCAGCGUGCAAUCUAGGUCUUUAUGCGUUUAUCUAUACUCCCUUGAAACAAAUACAUCCAGUUAAUACAUGGGUUGGAGCAAUUGUUGGUGCCAUUCCUCCAUUGCUUGGGUGGGCAGCAGCUAGUGGUGAAGUUUCACUGAAUGCAAUGAUUCUUCCAGCUGCUCUGUAUUUUUGGCAAUUGCCUCAUUUCAUGGCCCUUGCCUACUUUUGUCGGAAUGAUUACAUUGUUGGAGGGUUCAGGAUGUUAUCAUUUUCGGAUGCUUCCGGUCGGAGAACUGCUUUGGUUUCUUUCAGGAAUUGCCUUUAUCUGCUUCCUUUGGGAUUCUUGGCAUAUGAUUGGGGUAUCACUUCUAAAUGGUUCGCUCUUGAAUCAUCACUGCUCACGCUCUGCAUGACUGCUGCAGCCCUAUCAUUUGUUCAGGAUCGUUCUACAAAGAAUGCUCGAAGAAUGUUCCAUGCUAGUCUUCUAUAUCUCCCAGUCUUCAUGGCCGGUUUCCUAUUGCAUCGAUUGCCCAAGGUUGAAGCUGAUGAAGAACUAUUGGUCUCUGAGACCCAAGAAUUCAUUAGUGAUAAAACUCAUAAAAGUAGCAGUUGGCGCAGAGAACUGAAAAAUGGUGAUCAAAGUCAAGUUCGCCCACCUGUUGCAUUUGCUUCGGUUGCUCCUUUCCCUUUCUUGCCUGCUCCUUUGUAUGUUUCCCCAGAUUCAUGAGGUAUGCUUAUGACCACAACUUAUCCCCAUAGUAUUUUGUGGUUACUAUGUGUAAUCUGUUCAUAAGUUUUUUUUUUAUCCCUUGAGAACUGGCAGGUUUUUCUUCUCAAGUUUUGAUGUACUUAAGCCAAAUCUUGUCUACAUGGCUUUUUUUUUGUUUUAUGCCACCGUCAACAUGUAAAAUAAGUUGAAAGCAGGCGCUUGAACAGAUUGUGGGUCCUUGAUGACUUCGCCUUAAUCUUUUCUCAGUUUCUUUA